CCUGCACCCACCCCGGGGGUGUCCGCUGCUGCCGCCGCCGCCGCCGUCGCGACUGCAGAGAGAGCAGCAGAAGCAGCCCCGAAGGCGGGCAGAGCCCAGCAAAGGCGGCGGCGAGGAGGACGGCUCUGGGCAGGCGCUUCCCUGGCCGAGGACGGAGGCGGCAGCAGCCCUGCAACCCCCCGGCGCCACCUGCAAAUCAGGGCCAAUCCACAAAGGCACUAUACGCCUGCAGCAGCGACUUUCCUUCCAAGGAAAAGGAGCCCCCCCCCCACCAGCUGUGAGGCAGACCCUUGACAUUUCCAACUGCUCAGGGGAGUGGGGCAACGGAGGCAUCCUAGCACACUGGUGUCAGGCGUGGGAUCCCGCUUCUUUGGGGAAGAAUUGCGAGCUGGUGUGAGGGAGCUGAGAUGGAUGAAGUUGCAGCCACACUCCUACAGCAAUUGAAGCUGACGAUGCAAGAGCAGAACCAGCAGCUGAAAGACAGACUGGAAGCAAACAUGGAGGCCAAGGCCCAGCAGCAGAUGGAGGCUUUGGGGCAGCAGAAGGAAUACAUGAAGGCCAGCCUAGAGAAGGCUCAGACGCAGCUGAAGCAGAGCCUGGAAGCCUCUGGUCAGGAAAUGAGAGCCUUGCAAGAGCGGAGGCUCCAAGGGCUUAAAGAAGACUUAGAAGCCCAGCUGCAGAGCUCCAGGACGGACAUGGCCAGGAGAUUCGAGGAGAUGGGUGGGCGGCUGGCCACCUCAGAGUUGAAGGCAGCCAAAAACCAACAGGCUCUGGCUAACUUGGAAGUGGCUACAAGAGGCAACUAUGAGAACCUCAACAGAAAACUGCAGGAACUGGACUGUGAAUUGCAGGAGGUGAAGCGAGAGCAGCAGCCCACACAGAGAGGGAGUGACUCGGCGGGGGAGCUUCUGUCAGAUGCCAUGGGCCAGGAAACCCCCCCUCUAAACUUUUAUACCCCAGCUGCUCUCCGAAAAGGCCUGAGUGGGAAGAAGACGGUACCUACUAUGGCUCAGGUGGUCCAGCAGCCCGCUCGUUACAACGGCGAGGUGCCCUGGGAAGCCUACCUCAUCCAGUUUGAAAUAGUCUCCAAACUCAAUGACUGGGACGAGGGUCAGAAAGGGAGAUUCCUGGCAGCUAACCUGAGUGGGCCAGCUCUGAUGGUCCUGCAGAAUCUGUCCCCAGAGAAGAGGCAGAAUUAUCCAGCCUUGGUGAAGGCCUUAGCCCUGCGGUUUGGAGCAGUGCACCAGUCCAGGCCACAGACCACGAGCAGCAGAAGAGAGGAGGAGGAGGGCGAUCUCCUGGGGUAUGAUGACGGCUUGAGAUGUCCUGGGGGACUAGCACACUGGGGAGCCAGCGGGGAGAUGCCAGAGAGGCUGGCAAAAGACCAGUUUCUGUACAGGCAGUAUGGAGCAGACAUCCUCUCAAAGAUCAGGGAACGGCAGCAAAAGACUCUUUGGGAAGAAGAGAAGAUGGCCAUAAAGGCAGAGGCUUCCCUUGCAGCUGCCACCAGGCCUCACGCUGGAAAAACAUCUGCAGCAACUGGGCAGGAACUGAGAAUCCUCCUCGUUGGCAAGACAGGCACUGGAAAGAGCGCAACUGGGAACACCAUCCUGGGGGAGAAAGCAUUCACAAGCAGCCCUUCAUUAAGCUCAGUAACAAUAAAUUGUGAGCGAAAGAAUGCCUUUGUGGAGGGGAGGAAAAUUCUGGUUGUGGACACUCCUGGCUUUUUUGAUACCUAUAACCAGCCAAAGUUUAGCUGGAAAGAGGUUGAGCUCUGUGUCAAUUUUCUCCACCCAGGACCCCAUGUCAUCAUUGCUGUGAUAAAAGCAGCCAAGUUAACACCAGAGGGCAAAAAUACUGUAAGGCAGAUUAAAAAGCUUUUCGGUGUAGAAGGAAAUAAAUUUCUCAUCCUUUUAUUUACUCAUAAAGAUGAUUUAGAUCAGCAGGGUUCAGAUCUAAACAGUUUCUUAAAAAGUGCAGAUGGAGAGCUGAAGGAGCUGAUUGAGAUGGCUGAAAACCGCUGCAUCCCUUUCAACAAUAAGGCAGAAGGAGAAGCAAAGUCUCAGCAAGUUAGAGAGCUGAUCGCCAUGGUGGAUGACUUGGUGACACUGAAUGGGAGAAACCCCAUUUAUACUCAAGAAAUGUUCGCAAAAGACAGCGCAUGGUGCUGCAUAUUGUAGUGUGUUUGGAAUCCAGGCUGGAAAAGAAUCAAGGAAUCCUAAUUUCCAUUCUGACUCUGAGGGGCUUAGAUGACUCCCUACCACCACUCAGAGACAAAACCCUGCUGGGCUGCCUCUGUCUUUUUUGCUCUCCUCCAACCCCAAUCCUUUCCACCUUAACUGCUAUACAUGGACCUAUUUCAAAGUCAAAAUAAGUCCACCUUUUUCAGCUACAUAUGCUGCUGCUUUGGCUUAGGUGUGCCUGCCGUUUUUCUGCAUGCACUUUGACUCUUAGCGACCACAUAAAUAGAUUCUCUCCAGGAUGAUAGCACCAUUAGGUGAAUGAAAUGAAUGAAAGGAUGAAUGAAUGAAUCGUUAGUAAGUAACAGUUGGAGCUCUGGAACAUUUAUUUUUAACUCAGCUUCUCUGAGGGAGGGCAGAAUGAUGUGGAGGUGUCCAGCGACUUCUCUUGUGUGGUGAAAUUGGAUCAGUGCCAGUUUGUGACUCCCGAGGAUGUGGACAAGGUGAUUGGAACGGUGCAACCUACCGCCUGUUCUCUUGACCUUUGCUCAACAUGACUUAUACGAUCUGGCAGGGGGGUUGUUGUAGAAGGCCUGGUAGAGAUUUUAAAUGCAUCUCUGAGGGAAACCAGGAUGCCUCCUAGUCUUAAGGAGGCAAUUAUUAGACCAUUUCUGAAGAAGCCUGCCUUGGAUUCAUCAGAGCUGAGUAACUACAGGCCUGUCUCCAACCUUCUGUGGCUGGGCAAGGUAAUUGAGAGGGUGGUGGCCUCCCAGCUCCAGAUGGUCUUGGAGGAAACUGAUUAUCUAGACCCAUUUCAGACUGAUUUUUGGGCGGGCUAUGGGGUGGAGACAGCUUUUGUUGGCCUGAUGGAUAAUCUCCAAUUGGGAAUUGACAGAGGAAGUGUGACUCUGUUGGUCCUUUUGGAUCUCUUGGCGGCUUUCGAUACUAUAUCGACCAUAGUAUCCUCCUGGAACAUCUGAGGGGGUUGGGGGUGGGAGGCACUGUUUUACAGUGGUUCCGCUCCUACCUCUCGGAUAGAUUCCAGAUGGUGUCGAUUGGAGACUGUUGCUCUUCAAAAUCUGAGCUUAAGUAUGGUGUCCCUCAAGGCUCCAUACUUUUUCCAGUGCUUUUUAACAUCUACAUGAAACCGCUGGGAGAGAUCAUCAGGAGAUUUGGAGCUGGGUGUUACCAGUAUGCUGAUGACACCCAGAUCUACUUCUCCAUGUCUACUUCUUCAGGAGAUGGCAUAUCCUCCCUAAAUGCCUGCCUGGAAGCAGUAAUGGGCUGGAAGAGGGAGAAUGCACUGAAGCUGAAUCCAGAUAAGACGGAGGUACUUAUUGUGCAGGGUCAGAACUCCAGAGACGAUUUUGAUCUACCUGUUCUAGAUGCAGGUCUCACGUCCCCAAAAGGAACAGGUUCGCAGUCUGGGAGUACUUCUGGAUUCACACCUCUCCCUGGUUUCUCAGGUUGAGGCCAGGGGUGCUUUCUAUCAGCUCCGGCUGAUAUGCCAGCUAUGCCCGUUUCUUGAGAUCAAUGACCUCAAAACUGUGGUACAUCUGUUGGUAACCUCCAGACUUGACUUUUGUAACGAGCUCUACGUGGGGCUGUCUUUGUACGUAGUCCAGAAACUUCAGUUGGUUCAGAACGCGGCAGCCAGGUUGGUCUCUGGGUCAUCCCGGAGAGACCAUGUUACUCCUUUACUGAUGGAGUUACACUGGCUGCCAAUAGGUUUCUGGACAAAAAACAAAGUGCUAGUUAUAACUUACAAAGCCCUAAACAGCUUAGGCCCUGGGUAUCUAAGAGAGCGUCUUCUUCAUUAUGAGCCCCACCACCCAUUGAGGUCAUCUGAGGAGGUCCAUCUCCAGUUACCGCCAACCCAUUUGGUGGCUACACAGAUGGGCUUUCUUGGCUGCUGCCCUGAGAUUGUGGAAUGUGCUCCCUGCUGAGAUACGAUCCUCUCCAUCUCUGGCAAUUUUCAAAAAACACCUGAAAACCCAUCUUUUCACCCAAGCUUUCUCAGCUUCUUAAAUUUUGGGGUUUUUAAUAUCUGGUCUAUUUUAAAAUUUGAACCUGAUUUCAGGGGUUUUAAUCACUGUAAUUGUUUGAUUCUUGUUUUAACAUCUUUUUAAAUUGUUAAUUGUUACAUUGUUUUUUAAUUUGUUUUAGCUCUUUACUGUUUUAGUGCUUUGUUUUAAUUGUAAACUGCCCUGAGUCAUUUUGGAAGGGCGGUAUACAAAUCAAAUAAAUAAAUAAUAAAAAUAAAUAAACUAAUGUUUUAACUUUUUGGUUGUCAUUUAUUUUAUU